GCCACUGACUCACCGACACACCGACACGCACACGGGGCAGGUGUGUGGACAGCGCAGGGCUGGUUCCUCUACAGCAGCUCAGAACAACUGCGCAGCGUCUGGAUUUAUUUUCUUCUUCUUUCUAUUUGUUAAAUAACAGAAAACACCGCCAUUAUGUUGUGGACAGCGAGUCAAGUGUUGAGGAAAUUCUCCACCUCGUCCCAUUAUUACCAGAAUAAGCUCAAACUAGCUAUUAUUGGCCAGAGCCUGUUUGGACAGGAGGUCUACUCCAACCUGAGAAAGCAGGGUCACAAGGUGGUGGGUGUGUUCACAGUCCCGGACAAGGAUGGCAAGGCUGACCCCCUGGCGGUGGCUGCAGAGAAGGACGGGACACCCGUGUUCAAGUUUCCUCGGUGGCGGGUCAAGGGGAAGCCCAUCCCUGAGGUGGUGGACGCUUACAAGGCGGUGGGCGCUGAGCUCAACGUCAUGCCCUUCUGCUCCCAGUUCAUCCCCAUGAACGUCAUCGACAACCCCAAGCACGGCUCCAUCAUCUACCACCCCUCCAUCCUGCCCCUGCACCGAGGAGCCUCAGCCAUCAACUGGGCAGCAACCUUCAGCAGCAGGCAGGUCCACAGCACACCUCAGGAAGGAGCACGGACACGAUGCUACAGCCCAAUCUAUGAGUGUGAGCCGACAGACACAGAGCAGGUCUGGGAACGUAACGGUGGCAGAUCUGUCACCUUUUAUGGCUCGUCCAUGUUGGGGGGGUCGGUAGCAGCCGGUCAACCGCUGGAGAUUGAGGGGGCUGCCCAGCCCGGCAUCGUCACCAAGAACGGACUUGUCCUGUAUGGAACUGAUGGCAAAGCUCUGCUGGUAAAGAACCUGCAGUUUGAAGAUGGGAAGAUGAUUCCUGCUUCCAAAUACUUCUCCUCUGGAGAAAGCUCCAGCGUGGAGCUGACUGAUGAUGAGAAGAAGAUGGCAGAGGAGAUCAGGAACAUCUGGAAAGGCAUCCUCAGCAACGUCCCAGCCGUUGAGGACACCACAGACUUCUUCAAGUCUGGAGCUGCCUCCAUGGACGUGGUCAGGCUGGUGGAGGAGGUGAAGCAGAAGUGUGCUGGCGUCCAGCUGCAGAACGAGGACGUGUACAUGGCCACCACUUUCCAGGACUUCAUCCAGAUGUUUGUCCGCAAACUGAGAGGGGAGGACCAGGAGGAGGAGCUGGUCGUGGACUAUGCAACCAAAGAUGUGAACAACAUGACAGUGAAAAUGCCGUAUCAGUGCUUUAUCAACGGCAGCUUUGAGGAUGCAGAAAACGGCAAAACGUACGAUACGAUCAACCCUACUGAUGGAUCGGUGAUCUGUAAGGUGUCCUACGCCUCAGUAGGGGAUGUGGACCGGGCGGUGGCUGCUGCCAAAGAAGCUUAUGAAGUUGGGCCCUGGGGCAGGAUGAACCCCAGAGACAGAGGGAGUCUGCUUUACAAGCUUGCAGACCUGAUGGAGGAACACCAGGAGGAGCUGGCCACCAUCGAGUCCAUCGACUCAGGAGCUGUGUACACGCUGGCCCUCAAGACACAUGUUGGCAUGUCCAUCCAGACCUUCCGCUACUUUGCUGGCUGGUGCGACAAAAUCCAGGGAAAGACGAUCCCCAUCAACCAAGCCAGGCCCAACCGCAACCUGACCUUCACUAAGAAAGAGCCUCUGGGUGUGUGUGCCAUCGUCAUCCCAUGGAACUACCCUCUCAUGAUGCUGGCGUGGAAGAGUGCAGCCUGCCUGGCAGCUGGAAACACUCUGGUCCUCAAACCCGCGCAGGUCACUCCUCUGACUGCACUGAAGUUUGCUGAACUCUCAGUGAAAGCCGGCAUCCCAAAAGGAGUCAUCAACAUUCUGCCAGGCUCUGGUGGCAUGGUGGGACAGCGUCUGUCUGACCACCCAGACAUCCGCAAGCUGGGCUUCACCGGCUCCACACCUAUUGGCAAGCAGAUCAUGAAGAGCUGUGCGGUCAGUAACCUGAAGAAGGUUUCUCUGGAGCUGGGGGGGAAGUCGCCUCUCAUCAUCUUCAGCGACUGUGACAUGGACAAGGCUGUUCGCAUGGGCAUGAGCUCCGUGUACUUCAACAAGGGGGAGAACUGCAUCGCUGCUGGACGUCUGUUUGUGGAGGAGUCGAUACACGAUGAGUUCAUCAGCCGAGUGGUUGAGGAGCUCAAGAAGAUGAAGAUCGGAGACCCUCUGGAUCGCUCCACAGACCACGGCCCACAGAACCACAAAGCCCAUCUGGACAAGCUGCUGGAGUACUGUGAGAUCGGACUGAAGGAGGGAGCCACGCUGGUGUAUGGAGGCAAGCAGGUGGACAGGCCAGGCUUCUUCAUGGAGCCCACUGUGUUCACCGACGUGGAGGAUCACAUGUUCAUCGCCAAAGAGGAGUCCUUCGGUCCUGUCAUGGUGGUGUCCAAAUUCAGCAAUGGUGACGUGGACGGUGUGCUGCAGAGAGCCAACGACACAGAGUACGGCCUGGCCUCAGGCGUCUUCACCCGCGACAUCAACAAGGCCAUGUAUGUGAGCGAGCGGCUGGAGGCUGGAACCGUGUUCGUGAACACCUACAACAAGACCGACGUGGCCUCACCUUUUGGGGGCUUCAAGCAGUCAGGCUUCGGCAAAGACCUCGGAGAGGACGCCCUCAUGGAAUACCUCAAGACCAAAGCAGUGACUGUGGAGUACUGAGGCUCCGACUCUCCUGACAAACUCUGACCCACAUCUGUGUAGGAGAGGGACUAGUCGAUCUGCGUGGGUCACACCUCCAGCUUCAUUCAGCGUUCUUCUGGACAGUGUGUGGCUCUGUGCGGGUAUGAGAGCUGCACAAGAGCCGGGAGAGCGCAGACGUUCGUUUGGCCACAGGUUGGACAACGUGCCUGUCUUUGCUUUGCUUUCUGUGUGAGAAUCACAUCAAUCUUGGAACAGGGACCUGUGGGUCUUUUUACAGACCUGGAUACACACACUACACACAUCACACCCCUGAGUCGGACGCCGCUUUGCCUGAUGGGAGCUGAGCUGCUUCUGACUGUAUAUUCAAGCUGUUCGUUCAUUGCUGUCAACCGUCUUCAUUGAUUCUGUCCAUUGUUCACUUGUGACGCUGCCUUCACCAUUCCUUUAAUACCUCUUUGUUUGAGAGUUCUUAGAUGAGCUGAUCUGUAUGUGAAUGUUUUUAUGAUGGAGGGUGUGUAUGAAUGCUGCAGGUCUCCAUGGGCUCACUGUGACCUGACAACCAACAGAACCACAUUUUACUAUAUGGUCAGGUGGGUUCUGUUCUAUUACUGCGGGUUCCAGCUUGAUUUAGCAUUAUGGGUCAUGCUAGAGUGGGUUCCAGAAGAUCCAGCCGUCGUGAUGCAGGCUGCAGGUCUGAUCCUGCCAUGGGCCACUAAUGUCAGCCAUCUUUGUCCUUCCCUUUCACUAUCUGCAAAUUCCUGUUUUCAAAAGCUGGAUGUGUUCUAACUCCUGUCCUGGAAAGUCACAGGAAGACGGCUCCCUCGGUCAACUUAGGGAGGACACAGUUUUACUUUGGCAACCAGUAAAUUAAACCUCUGAAUAGCAGUCUGAGCUGUGACAUCAGUGCUGAUCGGGUCGUUCAGGUCCGUCAUUGCUCAUGAGUCUGGGCUCCAGCUGUCAAAUGAUAGACGGGUCUGGUUCAGGUCUUGGUAGUACAAUCUUGGAGUUUGGGUACAAACUUUUGGACCCGUGACGACCCCUGCUGAAUGUUUUUUGGGUUGAGUUUUGGACCAUCAAGUGCUCACACAGGUCUUAGCGGCUGAACCACGAUGGAAAUAUGGGAUUAGUUUAAGUUUGAAUCUACACGUUAAAAGAAUGAGAUGGACUCAUCCCAGUCCGAGAUGCACUUCAUAUAUUCACACGGAGCUUUCUCUCAGCAGAUCAUUGGUCAAACGAUCAGGAAAAAACACUGAGUUGACCUUGAGCUUUGAAAAGCAGUUUUGCUCAUUUAAAAACUGGUUGUUCACUUUUCUGCACUCCUGAUCACACCCAGAGUGCUUUGCUGCAGCUGUAGACACACCCACCGGUGAUGUCACCGACACGCUGGAGUACGUUUAACAUCCCUGCAGCGGAGCGAGACCAGACAGAAAACACUGUUCAGGUUUAAUACUUGGUCACAUUGCUUUUCCUUCAUAGUCUUACUGAGGUCUGACUCCACUACAGUGAAUGGAAGCUGGUACAGAACCGUAUUUCUGGGUUGAUUUCCAGCUUUGCAGGAAGCUUUUACACUAUUUAAAACCAUCUUUCAGAGACUUGAAACUUGAUCCAGGUAAGAUGUGAUCACUUUACAUUUUAGGAUUUUAGUUUUAGGAUAAUAUAUAUAUAUUUAUUUCUAAUUAUUCGUAAACAUCCAGCAUUUAAAAUUCUGUUGCUUCAUAGAAUCGCAUCACAAGCUGUGUCACGAGAAAGUUGUGAAUAACUCAGAUGUAGUUUCUCACAAAACACCAGACGUCAGAGCAUCUAUGAACACUCCAAGAAGGAGUGUUUUAAAACACUCACUGGUCUUAAUGGCAUCACUGCCCGAAAAGGGAAAAGAGCUGUGAUUAAUAAACUGCCUCCAUCACGUUUCAGUAUUCUGCUAAUGGUUUAUUUCUAGUCUGAACAUUGGGUCAGGAUGUGAAGGAUGAAGUCUUAUUUUUGGUGCCACUCUAAAGAGGCGUGGACAUACAAAUGCAUCUAUCGCUGUUAUUGAAUUGUCACUGAGCCUUUUUUAAAAUUUCAUCUCCAUCACACACGCUCUGGUUGUUUACAUCAUGUGCUUGCAGUUGUGUGUUCAAACAUCCUCACUGUAGACAUUCUCUUCCCUUGUAAAUAUUUUUUUAACAAAAGAGGGACUAUUUGAUAUAUUUUUGACCUUGUAUUGUCAGACAGAGGAGUACAUGUUCUAACACGAUACUGUAUCCAUUAGAGAUGCACCAGCCACAUGUUUUUAAUGCAUCACUAAUGUGACUGAGUAGUGAAAGUAGUUUUCUAUUUGUCCCACAUUGUCAGUGAAGGCAGCAAGGGCUACGAAGGAAGUGUUCUGUCUCUCUCUCUUCAUGGAAAGGACGAGAGCUGUCCCCUCAAUAAACAGUCAAUCAGGA